GCAAACCUGCUUGGGAGAGAAAUGAUCAUUCAGCAAAGCCCUCUGGCUGCUUUCAGUGAGCCUUUCUCUGCUCUGGUCACAGCAGCACAUUUGCAGGGGAGAAACUUGGUGGCUAUCCCCAGGGUGCCUGAGACCUCCAAGAAGAUGAGAGCAACUGCAGAAGGAGAUAAAUGAGGCUGUUGCUCUAUAAUAUUAUGGGGACAAAGACAAGGUGACUCACCGCUCAGAAGGAAGCUUUAGAUGAGGUCUCUCGCCUGCCACGCCUUGUAAUUCUAACACGAAACCAAGGGCCAGCCAAGCCACGUGUCAAAACAAGACAGACAUGACCAUGGAGCAAGCUGAACAUAAAACAAAUGCUACUGUCAACCUCAACUUCGCAGCAAUUUACAAUCUCCACGAUGGGGAUUUAACUUUCUUGCGAAACUUCUCUUUCCCUUUCAAUUUCAGUUACAGCGAUUAUGACCUGCCACUGGACAGUGAAGAUGACGUGACCAAAACCCGCACCUUCUUUGCAGCCAAGAUUGUGAUUGGGGUGGCUCUGGUUGGCAUCAUGUUGGUUUGUGGCAUCGGCAAUUUCAUCUUCAUUGCUGCUCUCACCCGCUACAAGAAGCUGCGAAACCUCACCAACCUGCUGAUUGCCAACCUGGCCAUCUCAGACUUCAUCGUGGCCAUUGUGUGCUGCCCCUUUGAGAUGGACUACUAUGUGGUGCGGCAGCUGUCCUGGGAGCACGGCCACGUCCUCUGUGCCUCAGUCAACUACCUUCGGACCGUCUCCCUCUAUGUUUCUACCAAUGCUCUCCUGGCUAUAGCUGUUGACAGGUACCUGGCCAUUGUUCAUCCACUGAAACCACGAAUGAAUUAUCAAACAGCAGCCUUCCUAAUCGCCUUGGUCUGGAUCAUCUCCAUACUUGUAGCUAUCCCAUCUGCCUACUUUACUACUGAAACAGUGUUAUUCAUAGUGAAGAACCAGGAAAAAAUUUUCUGUGGUCAAAUUUGGCCAGUUGACCAGCAGAUGUACUACAGAUCGUAUUUUCUCUUCAUCUUUGGCAUCGAAUUUGUUGCACCUGUUGUUACGAUGGCCUUGUGUUAUGCCAGAAUCUCUCGGGAACUUUGGUUUAAAACUGUACCAGGAUUUCAAACGGAACAGAUCAGGAAGAGGCUUCGAUGCAGAAGAAAAACUGUUAUGGUACUGAUGUGCAUCCUGACUGCCUAUGUUCUCUGCUGGUCACCUUUCUAUGGGUUCACAAUUGUCCGUGACUUUUUCCCCACCAUCUUUGUGAAAGAGAAGCAUUAUCUUACUGCUUUUUACAUAGUUGAAUGUAUUGCUAUGAGCAACAGCAUGAUAAACACCAUGUGUUUUGUAACUGUAAAAAACAACACCAUGAAGUAUUUCAAGAAGAUCAUGUUGCUCAGAUGGAGAUCAACAUAUAACGGAAGCAAAUCUAGCACAGAUUUAGACCUGAGAACAAGUGCAAUGCCAGUCACAGAGGAGGUAGACUGCAUAAAACUGAAAUAAAUUUUCUGAAGUUCUAAUCUCACAUAUUUUGGAAAGGGGGUAAAGAGGAAAUAAUGCCUCCUCAUAAGCUUCUCCCUUGUCUAUAGGAAUAUCCACCACUGGGCAGAGUCCUUGAAAAGCAGCCUACUACAUGUUUCCACCAAAACUCUUUUCACUGGACUGCUGUAUAAUCCCAUAACUCAGACCGAUGCUGUGCUUCAGGUCACAAUAUGUAAAUACGGGAUGUAGACCCUCAUUUUGGAGUUGUUUAAAAUUUAAGAUGAACAAAAAAGUCUGUGAAUGCAUUAAAAUAUAUUACAGUGAUGGAAGAAUUGAUUGCUGAUCCUAAAAAUGAUGAUGCUUUGUUUCUUCUUAAAAGGAAUUUCUUUGAUAUUAUCAUUUGUACCUUUAAGCUAUUCCGUGUCCUUUUCCUUCUGCUCACAAGAUGCAGGAUGGCAAAAAUGCCCAUUUUCCUUCGUGUCACACUUCAUCCUCUCAGUUUACUCCUCAUGAUGAAGCUCCUUGAAGUCUACAGACUACCAGCUUUCUAUUGUACAAUGUGCAGCAUGCUCUUUUGAAAGACACAUUCUCUACAAAGCUAAAUACUGCUUCACAAUCUAGUGAAAACCUCAAGUCUCUUCCUGUGACACCUUGUUUAAGAGUAUUUUAUCAACAUUCCACUCUGUAGUUUUAUGUAGAAUGGUACUCUGUUUAUUGUAUUUGGAAAUGUCACAGCUACAUAUUGAAGGGAGCUGGUCCCUUCUCUUAUCUCCAGGCACCCUGUGGCCAUAUUCUGCUGCUUUGAGUCACGGAGCUCUUCACAGAAUCAAUCACUAAAUCAUAGAGGUGGGCAACAUUUCCAGAUUAUCUAGUUCACCCCUCUGAUCAAGCAGGGUCAACUAGAACAUGUUGCCCAGGAUAGUGUCUAGCUGGGCUUUGACUGACUCCAGGGAUGGAGACUGCACAGGCUCACUGGACCACCUGUUCCAGUGUUCAACAGCGCUCACAGUAAAAAAAGUGUUUUCUUAUGUUCAGACAGAAUUUCAUGUGUUUCAACCUGUUUUUCAGUGGGACCCAAGUAAAAUUAUAGCAUGUUAGUGGGAAAAAAUCCACUCUGCUGAACCAGGCCUAGACAUCUUACCAAGUCUGUAUACACCUUCAAAAUAAAAUACAAAUAGGGCCAAAUUAGCAUAAGGAUCUUGAGACAAUCUGUCUUUCUGCAAGCAGUGGAGAGACAGACUCAUGGCUGCAGCGAGCCAGUCACUGUUUGAGUUGAGUAGGUCAUUAUCUGGUCAAAUGUGAGGCAACAACUCAAGAUGAAUUCUGCAUUGCCUCCAAGAGUGCUGUUUUUACUGUUCUGAUUUUGCGCAACUCCAGGACAGGUGUUUUCGUAACUGAUACGCAUGAUAAAGCAGGUGAUGUAGCAGUAAUACCUACUCAUUUAAACUACACAUAAGAUAACAUGAACUUUUGUGUAUUCUUUUGUGUAUUGAAAUAAAGUCUUUUCUAUUGUGAUGACAAAUGCUUCUUUCUGUUUUAAAGUAUGUAGUACCACCCAGUUUUGGAGUAAACAGCUUUUGUAAAUAAUGUCUAUUUGUAAAUUUAAAGUGAGCAGCAAAUCCUGCUAAUAAAACAGUAAAUAUGGA